AUGUCAGCUGCUACACAAUCCAUCAGAGCACCAGUCGACGUUGAUACAUCGCCAAAAGCUGUCAAUCCUCUCAACCCGACCGGAAUUAAACCAUGCUGUGCAUGCCCAGAAACGAAAUCAGCCAGAGAUGAAUGUUUCCUUAAAUUUGGACAUUCGGUAGCCGAGCAUGGAGAACAGGCAAGACAGUGUGAAGAGUUGGUCAAGAAGCACAGAGAAUGUAUGGCUUCAUUGGGAUUCAAAGUUUAA